CUCGGCCAUGGGUCCCUCGGCAUAGUUGAGGAAGUGCGUAGGCCGAACUAUAAGACCUUCGUUCGAAAGCGGGUUCAGCUUCCCUAUCGUCAACGAAAAAGACGUCUACAGAUCAUCCAGGAAGAAGCGAGAGUCCUUGAAGACUUGUGCCAUCCACAUAUCGUUCAGAUUCUAGGCUCAUACGAAGACCAUACAUACGGCACCAAGCAGUUCUAUUGCCUGCUCAUGUCGCCGGUUGGAGACGGUGACCUUCAGACAUUCAUGGACGAGCUUGGAGCUCGAGAGCCAACAGAAAUGGAGAUUCGAUGGCUGAUGGACUGGUUUCCGUGCUUGACCUCCGCAUUAGCAUACAUGCAUGACCAAGGAGUGCGGCACCAGGACAUCAAGCCAUCUAAUAUCGUUCAUCGAGGCCCACAGAUCUUUUUCACGGAUUUCAGCUCCUCGUCACGUUUCAAGAUCGGCCAUACCACUUCUACAGAGAACCCCGCGCGAACGUCAGCCAUGUAUGCUGCGCCUGAAAUGCUUGACUACCUACAAGAUGACGGCACAUUGAGCAAGCAUGGCCGAGGUGCCGAUAUAUUCUCCCUAGGGUGUGUCUUUUCGGAGAUG